AUGCCAAGUCGCAAUGGCAGUCGACCAUCUUCUGCGGCAUCUACCAAGAAUUAUGGCCUUCUGAUGCGUCGUGCUGGUGUCCCUCCUGGUGUGGCGAGCAUUGUGCUCUUGCCAGCUACUGUGUCUGUAACAGUAGGCGGUAUAUCCGCGUUCUACUCAGUCACUUUACGCUGUUCAAACGCUCCAAAACAACCUGUUACAGUCUCGCCGGUAAAUCUCCCCACUGGGCUACGCGUUCUACCCGCUCUACACGUAUUCACACCGGACAACUGGCAAGAGCCUCAAUAUUUUCGAGUGGCGGCUGUAAACGGUGGUGUUUUCGAGGAAUUACGGGGUAGUGCUGCUAUUAUCGAGCACACCACGAGUAGUCUGGACCCUCGUUACCACGGUCGACGAGUGAUUCAUCUCCCAAGUUCGGUACAAGCUGUCGUAAGUCCUCGAGAUGGAUAUCAUCUCUUUGCUACCGGUAAAACCGCCGCAUUCUCCUCGCAGCUCAAGCUUAAACACCCGACGUUGCAUGAAUUCACCGAGAUAGAGCUACAACGCAGUACACUGGGACCUCGACCGUUAGUAGCACGAUGCUCCACCCUCGUGCCAAUGGCAGCAGGAGCGAUCGCAGCCGUCGCAGCCGUGGAAGCUGCCAACCAAGCAGCCGCUCAGUCGCGUCGGAGACUUUCAACUGCUGCAACUGUAGUCAAGGUUAUGACUACAAGAGCCAAGAGGAGAGGAGAGGAGCCAACUACAAGAGCUUUAGACCAUAGGAACGCUAUUGUGAAGCUCUCAACUCAUGGAGAUAAGACACUGGCGUUGUAUCACGACGGCGAGAUGGUAACUCUAGGAUCUACAAGUACCAAUUCUAAGGAUGGCGGGACGGAUGUCGUGUUGAGUCGAAUGCUGCUGGAUGUCUCCUGUGGUGACAAACACGUUGUCGGUACGAGUGAACAAGGCUAUUUGCUGACAUGGGGUGGAGUCUGUGAAGCUAGGAACAAGACAAAGGAGACUGCGAAUGUCCCGAGGAUUGUUCAGUCACUACUACAUAAGCGUAUUGUGCAGGUGUCGUGCGGUGCCAGUCAUAGCUUCGCACUAGCUGAAGAUGGCGACGUGUUCUCGUGGGGUAUCGGUCGUAGUGGUGCGUUGGGUCACGGUCUUAACGCUCACGAACAAACUUUCGAAACGGUAAUCUCUCCGAUGGAAGUAUUAGCACUAAAAGGCCGUCGCGUGGUGCAGAUCACCUGUGGGGAUGUACACACUGCUGUAUUGCUUCAAAGUGGUCAGCUGCUUACCUGUGGGCAGCGAGAAUAUGGUCGUCUGGGUCGACACAUGGCAAACGAUAAAGCAUCGGACGGUCUAAACGACGAGUAUUCGUCGUGGUUUGCGCCUGUGGCCUUCCCUAAUAGUGUUAAAUGCACCUACGCAGCUUGUGGUGCCGCUCAUACACUAGCAGUUACAGGAGCGUAUGAACUGUACGCUUUCGGCUGGAAUUGUAGUGGUCAAUUAGGUCUUGGAGACUGUCGUGAUCGGUUUAUACCUACACGGGUAGUGUACUUUGACGCGGUGGGUACACUAUCUCUGUUAACUAUCGCUUCGGUGGCUGCAGGCAAGCAGCAUUCUCUUGUAUCGUGCCCUGAUGGAAGACUAUUCGCUUGGGGUAGUGACGAAAUGGGUCAAUGUGGUUUAAACUCGUGUCCUCAAAUCUAUACUCUCCCUCAUCUCGUGACGUCGCUAGUUGGACUGCGAGUUACUCAAUUAGCGGCAGGAGAAGCGCAUUCGACUGUUCUAACGAGUCAUUCACAGCAAUAUCUCGAGACAUUGGAAAGGACACAACCGAUUCAAUACACACAGCUAGUGGAAUUUUACGAGAAUGCUGUCAAGGACGAUUCCGAGCGACGUUCACAAGUGUUUGAGCGUGCUAGACGCCAUCAAUUGGAGCGCGCAGCGGCUGCUAGACGACGAAAACCUCCAGUUGAUCCGGCUACAGAGGCGCUGGCUAAAUUACUAGAACUCCAAGCUUUGGUUGAUCAGGACGAGGCUUUAGAUGCACAAUAUAAACGAGCACGAAGACCUCAAACAGCCAGAAACUCUACGAAAGAUGAAGAGAACGGAAAAUAUGACCAAGUACGGUGCUCUAGUGCGGCAAUGAUGCGUCAAGCUCGACUUGCUGUGUUGCAAGCUCCGCUUGCUUUGAUGGCAGCUCCGUUGAGUCAGAAGUCUACAGCUGUAUCCAAACCGUCCAAAUGUGUAAAGCACCGGAGACCUUCUAAAAUCUUCUCUUUGCUUGACACGACUAUGACCCUGCUAGAUGAGUAUCGUCGCUCGAUCCAAAGUCGAACAGCUUCACGUUCCAACCAGAACCACAAGAGUAGAUCACGUCAACUCACUCCGCUAACCGGCAGCGAAAGUGGACGCCGUACGCCUGAAACUUUACAGGAGAGUAACCAAAAGACGGUGCAAUUAGCUGCACGGCAACGUACCAGGAAGCUCAGAGCGAGCAGUAAUGUCAAACUACAGGAAAUACCGAGGUCUCGUGUGGUAUCUCCUAACGGACCAGAAACUGUACAAAGACCUGAAAUGAUUAUCUCAAACCAGGAAGACUUGACUCCAUGUCACAGUCAAUCUUCUCAUGAACCUCAGCGUCAGACCGGAAAGUCCCCAGCUCUGGAGCAAUUAUCACAGCUAAUACAACCCCAUAGAUCAGAGCAGAACACGUUAGGAUCCACAUUAUCGGAUGUUCCGUUGCAAUUACUGCAAGGUGCUCGCGUUGACUUACGUCGUUGGAGUGUGAUCGUAUCGGACCAAACUUUACGUCGCAUAGCAGCUCACAACCACCACAUUUCCAGUACAAAUCUUAAGGCCCAGAAGCUCCAAGGGUUACUAGGUUCACGCCAACGAAGCUUUUUAUUUACCAAGGAAGAAUCUGACAAGUUGUCGAUCGCAUAUUCCGACGCUCGGAACCAGACAACCGAGUCAUUGAUACUUACUGGAGCCGACGCUAUUACAGAUUCUGGUUUGGCUGCUAUCGCACUAGCCGUUCCAAAGCUGAAAGAAUUAUCUAUCGCCGGAGCUGUGCGAGUUACCGACGCAUCACUUCGCGUAUUAAGCGAGUAUUGCCGUCAUCUCGAGCGUUUAGACUUGUCAGCUCUCUCUAACGUACGCGGUGCUGGGCUAGCAGCUCUUGUCGAUGGCUGUGGAGCUUCACUUACACAUCUAAGCCUCGCAGACUGUCCACAAUUGGGAGAUUGGGUGCUUCGUCGAUGCUUUUACGCGUUUCCAAGACUCACGCAUCUGAAUCUAUCGCGAUGUCCACAAGUGAGUGACAUAUUGAUCGAAACAUUGGCAACGCAGUGUCUACAAUUACGAAAAGUUGAACUCAGCGGCUGUUUGAAUAUUUCUGAUCGAGCGGUUGUACGAAUCGCUCGGAGUAGUCCUCAUCUCGAGUACAUAGUGCUUGAUCGGCCUAUUGGUAUUCGAGGCGUAGAACACCUCACAGACUCGUCGUGUUCGGCGUUGGGAGGUUGUCCAAAUCUACGAGUUGUCUUGUUAUCAGGAAGCCGUGCUCUUACAGACGCUGGGGUGCAGUGGAUGGUAUCUUGCUGCCCACAACUCACACGACUGGAUCUUACGGGAGCAAUAGGUCUUACAGAUGCCACUUGUGCAGCGUUAGGGGCUAGUUGCCCCGAGUUAAAGUCUUUACAGAUAAACGGCGUUAAGGGCAUUUCUGACGUUGGCUUACGGCUCAUAGCAGCUGGCUGCAGGAAACUUGAGCUGCUCCAUACAGCGAAUUUGUAUCUUGUAUCCGAUGGUAGUAACCGAGAUUUUGGACUUGAAGGUCUUCGUGCAAUUGCCAGUAAAUGUCGCGAGCUUCGGGAUGUCAAUUUGAGUGGCUGCUUCCAGCUCCAAGAACGCGCGUUAGUGGCAAUUGGAACGAGUUGUUGCGAGUUGAGGAAACUGAGUCUACAGGCUUGUUAUGACAUCACACUUCCGGCGGUGACUGCAGUACUUAAGGGUUGUCAAAAAUUGACAAAACUUGAUCUCUCCGGUGUGCGUCGAUGCGAUGAUCGUAUGCUUCGAGCUAUAGCCAAGUAUGGCAGCUCAAUAACUCAACUCAUUCUUGCUGGGUGCGAUCGAGUCGGAGAUAUUGGACUCCGCUAUCUCGCUAGUGCACGUGCGGAUCAACUGGAGCUGCUGGAUCUCACGGGAUGUCGUUUAAUUUCUGACGCCGGACUUAACGCACUUUGUGAUGCCUUUCAACGGCCAAAACUGAUACAUUUAGUACUUGCCGAGUGCUCUCUUAUCACUCAAGACCCAAUUGCACGUCUGGCAUUCGCUUGUCCUCAACUACUCACUCUUAAUGUACACGGUUGUCGAAUCUCAGCUCGAGUGCUACAAAGUUUAAGUUCAUCGUGGCAAUUUGGCGAAAUACGGCUACCUCCUGCAGCGCAGAUGGGUAUUUUUCCUGCUCCAAGAGCAAAAGAUCGACGAUAUGUCGCUGAAUUCUGUACGUCCUGGGCGGCAGCAGCAACUAUCCAGAAUUUAUUUCGAGCUCGCGUAGCUCGUCGACAAGCACUUGUACGACGGGAAAUUGCAUUACAACAUGCUGUUGCGAGAAAGUUGCAGAGUAUUUGGCGUGGACGACAAGCCAGAAGAGAAGCGUUAAUUUUAAAGAUGAAAUAUUCGCGUCUGGAGCAAUGCGCGACGUUAAUUCAGCGACGAUACCGUGCAACUCGUCAGGCUCGGCGUGUUCAGGAUGAAAUGCGUGGAAUAUACGAGAAACAACUUUUACAAGCUGCUGUUGUAGUUCAACGUCGAUAUCGAGCAGUGCGAGCGGGACGCGAAGCUCGUCAACUGGUAGCGAGACGUAGACGUGAGUUCAUGCGUGAUACCCAAGCAGCGAUCAAAGUGCAGCGUCAUUUCCGACGUCGAAUUCAUCGUAACAAACUGCAGUUAAUGCAAGCUCAGAAGCUCGCGCGUUCUAGGCGUGAACGUUCAGCCAGUAUGUUGAUCCAGCGUCGGUAUCGUGGCCAUAAGGCUCGACGACUGGCGUUCGAUCUACGAGAGGAACAACGUCGCUUUUUCGAGCUUCAACAACGUUGCGCAGUACGAAUUCAAGCGCAAUUCCGACGUUUACGUGCGUUGCGUAAGGCUUCGAGGCGUCGAAAUGCGAUUAUCGAGCGAGAAAUGGCAGCCACGAAGCUCCAGUCGGUCUUCCGAGCUCGACGUGGACGAGAAGCUGCGGGGUUGUUGGCGUUGGCAAAGCAACGGAAUGAUCAGGACCUGGCAGCUCGAAGACUGCAGAGACAUUGGCGUACUAGACGUGAUCGUCUUGCGUUGAUCAUUGUUGCUGAAGCACGACGUAUUCGUAACCAAGAACGAUCAGAAGCUGCUGUGGUUAUUCAACGUUUUGUUAGGGAGUUUUUAGUGCGUCGUCGGGCACGGAAGGUUGUACGAGAGUUACUUGAGGUGCAGCAACGAGCUGAAGAGAUGAAGCGAUGGGCGUCGACACUAGUGCAGUCGUAUUGGAGACGACGUCAAGCUUAUGUUUGUGUUCGUGAAGUACGAAAGACUCAACGUACUCGUUGGAAACAACUCGUCGACACGCACAACCAGCAUGGAGCAGGAUACGGAGCACCAUUUUUCUUCGUAAGUAUUUGUGUUGGGUAAUUUAUUAUCUAUGAACUCAUUGUAUUCUGUUGAUAUGCUAUAGAACCAAGUGAACGGCGAGAUUCGCUGGCGUUUGCCACGUGACCUGUUGUCUCUCACAGUCCGUCCGAUUUGUGCUCAAUGUGAAACUCCAGAGACUGCAAGCUUUGAAUGCGCUACAUGCUCCGAGUUUUUCUGUGAUCACUGCGAUGUGGUUGUCCAUGGUGGAGGCAAAAGACGGCAACACAACAAGCGUAAGCUAUUCGACUAUUAUGGACGACGUCGUGACUAUGGAGAUGGCGAGUUCCCAUCGAUUUGGCCUUCAGAAAUGCUUCAAGAUGCUUCGAGGGGCUACGAUUUCGUGAACUUAUCUCCUCGCGAUAAUUAUCAAGAUAUGCUAUGGGAAAUCUCACAAUUUGUACCAGUGUCGACGGGUAACUGGGACGAUGAGGUGGUUCCCUCUACUGCUGCUUCAUCUCCUGCAGUUGCCUUAGCAUUCGUCACUAUGAUGAGUGAGAAUACCAGUAUCCAACCCCGCGACAGUGCAGCAGUCAUUGCUGAUGUCGAUGGCUUAGAGCGACCUGCUGGACCGCUACACCAUCUUCUGUACCGCGAAAAAGAUUUCGAUGAACACGGAGUGAGUCUCUGGGAGAGCUUCUACGACUACGCACAAGAAGAGUAUCGUUACUACCACCGCAUCUCCAAACGGGUUGUCUCGCACCCACCAGGUCAGCAAGAUAGUUAGCACGAAAACACCAUGAAAAAAAAAUGAGUUUCACAACGCUCGAGCCAGCGGCGAGCUGGUUUAUUGAGCCAUCUUACAGCUUCGGUCUAUCCAGCUUCUCGCACAGAACAAUAACCACAUACCUGACUGGAUUUCGCGGACACAAUGCCAAUCCCGUACUCGUCCUCGCUCGAUCAAGUUGUCUGGAUGCAAGGUCUUUGUCCUAGGCCAGCUACAACUACGACGGAAAGAGUCUCGGCAGGUCAUUCCCGUAUUCGUCUUCUGCAUUUGAGCUCAUCGUGGUGUGUGUAGUCCGUUCCCUGUUUGUUGUUCGUUUCUUUAGUUGCAAGCUCUCUACAAGUACAGUAGGCAUUCAGUACGAACACAAAACACACAUUAGGCAUGACUCCCAGUAAGUGGAAUUUCAUGAGCACACAACAUAGAAGGCCAAGUUCAUUGGAUUCGAUCUACACAUCGCGACAGCACGUUACGGUUAGCGCGGGCUUUGCGUCCUGGGGGGACGUUUACCGUACAAACCUUCCAGCAUACUCAUUGCAGUUCAACCGCAAGUCCGUCGCAAUGUUCGUAGCCCAACUCGCAAUCUCUUAGCACACGCAAAAGAAAGAUCAAGAUAAAAAGGAAAUAAGCCUCGAGCGUCUUGGUGUCC